UCGUAGCUGGUAAAAUAUAUGCUUCGCCGUCGCCGCUGACUGGACUGGCAUAGAAGCCAGAAUCGUAAUGACUAAAAACAUCGAAAUGGUCAACGAACUGAUGCCUGGAAACAGCCUCGUAGUCAGUAUAAGGAUUCUAUUUAAAAAAAAAAAUUAGUUAAGUACCAAACAUUCCACGUCCGUGUGCCGCCAAGCAAUGAUUUUUAUGGUUUUAGUAAUUGCUAUUGCUGCCGUACUGCAGAUAGCAUUGAUUUCGGUUUUCAUCGGUGCUGGAGUUUAUUACUUGGCUGAAUUUGUUGAAGAACACACUGCAUUAACAAAAAAAGUUAUUAAAUGGACAAUUCAUGUUGUGAUAAUAUGUCAUAUAGGAUUGUAUUUAUUUGACAAUAUACCUUUAACACUAAUUGCUUUGGGUCUUUUGAGCCAUAUAGUAUACUACUUUUUGCUCAUUGACUUUCCAAACUUCAACUUAACAUCACUGUCAUUUAUUUCGUCAAUUAUUCUGUUAAUUGGAAAUCACAUCCUAGCUUUUAAAUUUUUCCGACAGCGUUAUUCAACAUUAUCAGAAGUUUUUUCAUACUUUACAGUGUGUUUGUGGAUGGUACCCUUUAUGUUUAUAUUAUCAUUAUCAGCCAACGAUAAUACAUUACCUAUCACUAAUGUGGAUGACAAUGUAGUAUCGCAUUAUUUUACCAAUCGUAAACGAAGUUAUAAAAUAAAAAAUCUUUUUACCUAUCUUGGUGAUAUUACUGGUAAAAAUAAUCAUUUGAAGUAAUAACUCAACACGAAGAAAUGGUAUUUAUAAUUUCAAUAUA